AGGCAAUCCGUAGCGAUUUGGCCUCAAGCCUUAGGCUCAGGGGACGGCCGCCCAGUGAUCGACCUCCGCGCACGGUAAGCGCAAGGGGGGGCCUCGCCAUGGAGCCGGCGGCGAAGAAGGCCCGGGUGGUGCCGACCAGCGCGGGGCCCUGCAUCUGGUGGGCCCGCAACGACCUGCGGGUGCAGGACAACCCGGUUCUCCGGGCGGUCGUCGGCGCCGCCUUGGUGGACAAGCGGCCCUUCGCCGCCGUCUUCUGCUUCGACCCGCGCUUCCUGGACAGUUCGCCGUACGGCCGCGUGACCGACCCAGAGUUCAAGAAGUCCAUACCCACCCGCAAAGAGAUCACCUUCUCGAGCCGCAAGACCUGCGCGUUGCGCGCGCGCUUCUGGAUCCAGUGCGUCCGCGCGCUCGGCGAGGAACUCGAGCGGCGCGGGUCCAGGCUGCUGGUGUGCCGCGGCAAGCCCGAGGACGUCCUCGGUGCAUUGCCGGCCGGCUCAGAGGUCAAGUGCCUCCCCGAGCCGGUCUCCAUCGAGCAGACCGACGUGGAGGAGUUCGUGCGGGCGAGACUGAUCGCUGGGGGCAGCAAGCUGCGCACCGACCCAGGAGCGAUGAGCCUGUACCAUCCCGACGACCUGCCUUUCCACCCAAAGGACAGGCCAGACAGCUACACGGGCCUCGGCUUCGCCCUCGGCUGGAAGGACAUCUGGACGUCCGCCGAGAGGGAGGAGGGGGCCGCGCAGAUCCGGGGGCCCGUGCCUGCCCCGAGUGUGUUCCCGCGGGUGCCCGCUGGGCUGCAGCUGCCAGGGCAUAUUCCUGCCGAUGUCCUCGCGGACGAGGUCAAGAUGCUCCUGCACUUGGGCUACUCGCAGGAGGAGAUCGACGAGGUGCAGGGCCAGAGCAUCCCGGAGGGCGGCGAGCAGGCGGCGCGCCUGUGGCUGGAGCAGUGGGUGGCCGAGGCGAAGCAGGCGAAGCCCCCAGAGGAGCAGCCCUCCGCGGUGUACUGGGACCUCCCGUGCGCAGGCCAGAGCGGGCCGACUAAGGGCGCGGUGGACCCUAUGCAGUGGGCCAACCUCACGACGUCCCUGGGCGGGAUGCGGGUCUCGUGCUACAUGGCGGUCGGCUGCAUUACCGCCAGGGAGAUACUCUCUCGCGCUGCCGAGACGCCCUUCCACGCCAUGGCGGCGCACAGGCUGAUGUGGCGGGAGUUCCACCGCAUGUACGCCAUUAAGUACCACAGGCGCGUCGCUUGGCUGCAGGGGCCAGCGAAGGUGACCCGCACGUGGGACCAGAACCCCGAGGUCGCGGAGAAGUGGAAAAAGGGCCUCACUGGGGUCCCCUACAUCGACGCCUGUCAGCGGGAGCUCCUGAAGACGGGGUGGCUGGCCUACAAGGGCCGGAAGACCGCCGCCCACUUCCUGGUGUUCGACCUGUGGAUGGACUGGCGCAUCGGAGCCUUCCACGACGAGGAGCGCCUCCUGGACUACGACUUCGCGAUGAACUACGGCAACUGGGCCGUGGUCUCGAAGAUCGGCAACGGCGGCUCGAGCGCGUGGGACGGGAGCCGGGACUUCGACCCGGAGCACUGGGACCUGAGGUUCAAGCUCCGCGCGGAGCAGGCGAACGACCCCGCCGGCGAGUACAUCCGCCGCUGGGUGCCCGAGCUGCGCGGCGUGGGCGACAAGUUUGUCCACACGCCGUGGCUCAUGUCGGAUGCGGACAUGAAGGAGUGCGGGUGCGUCCUGGGCAGGGACUACCCCGCGUCCCUCGUGGGUCCGCUGGACCUUGUCAACUGCAGCUGGGGUGGUGACGAGCACCCUUCACAGGCCAGCGACGACCCGAGCUACACGGAACUCAGGAAGCAGCUGGAGGAGAAGGACAGGGAGCUCGCAGAGCUCAGAGCGGGCGCGGCGAAGUAGUGGAUCUCGCCAGUCCGUCAGACUCCUCCUCCAGCUCCUCCUCCUCCUCCUCCUCCUCCUCCUCCUCCUCCUCCUCCAGCUCCUCCUUCUACUCUGCCCCACUAUUUCUCUUGCUCACCCCUUCCUUUUCAGGUUCCAUAUCCAGUCACGCAGUUUAGUUUCAUUUUUAACGAGUUUUGCCGUCUUCGGGUUCUGUGCCGCAGCGCGCGGGAGCACAGCUUCGGUAGACGCUGCGCGGGAGCACAGCUUCGGUAGACGCUACCCCGCUCGAGACGAUGCCGGACAAUCAACUUUCUUGUCACGUGCUUACGUGUUUCCUCGCGACUCGAAGGCGUCAUUUAGACGCCGAGCGACGCGGAGGGAUGGUUGCGUGCCAGAGCGCUCUGCUCGUCCAGUUAAGAAAAG